AUGGAAAUUUUCAAAUAUGGUUACUUUGAUACCAACAAUCGACCACCACCGAUUCAAGUAAAGCAUCUUCAAAACGAUCGAAUUGUUGCCACAGCUUCUCAGAAAUUGUGCAUUUUCAAAUUGUUUCCAAUAAUCUUUCAUGAUAUUAUUCAUCAUUUACCAUCAUUUAUUGUCUAUAAAGUUCUACGUGAAAUCUUAGAUCUAGUUUUAUCAUACCCGUUCAGAAAACAAUGGCUACCUGUACUUGGAGAUCUUUGUGAAUCGCUUCAUCAAAAGAUGUUAAUACAUUUUCCGGAUAAAAUUGUACCAAAAUUUCAUUUUGCUCGUGAAUAUGAACGAAUAACACAUGAUUAUGGUCCGCCAAGCAAGCAAUGGUGUUUUAGAUACGAAGCGUGCCACGCUUACUUUAAAAAAAUCACUAUGAGAACAAAUAAUUUUAAAAAUACUCCCAAGAUGCUUGCAACACGUCAUUGUCUUAAACAAUGUUUUAAAUUUGCCAAUUUAUCUCGAUUAAAAACUUUCGAUUAUGUAGUAGGAAUUAAAAAAACGCGAAGUACAUUUUUUAAUAUGUCCAUGAAAAAAUUGUUACUAGAUCAUUUUGGUCCUAUUGAUCUUGAAGAAGAUUUAAAUCAAUGUAAUAGAUUGGUUCAUGAGAACAUCGAAUACUGUCGAUCAGCUGUAUACAUAAUCAACGUGAAACCUUUUAAUGAACAACCAGUUUUCGCACAAAUUAUUUUUAUUAUCAAAAUGGAUGAGAAAUGGUGGUUAUUGGCGGAUAUACUUGAUACUAUUUCGUAUGAUGAAGAAUUAUUCGCAUGGGAAAUCAUGUCAAUUGAUCGUUAUUCUAUUCUUGAUCCAUGCCAAUUAAAAUAUUAUUAUAAAGGAUUAGAUAUUUAUCAAGUGAACAACUCGAGUUUUGUUUCUUUUACCACUCGCAUCACGUCGUAUUAA